ACAAGGCUUAAUUCUGAGGAGUGGAAUUAGCAAUUUCAGGAGUGUCAAUAUCAAUUUCUCUGUCACGUUCUUCAUCCACCCGGUUAAUGCCACCCCCACUGUUCCUGACUCAUUCCUCUUCAUCAGUACACUCAAUUUUAACUCCUGAUCGUUUCUUCAAAUUUGCUCUCCUUUACAUGAAAACCGCCUGAAAUUGCGAACGUAAAAAUUUCCUGAUUUUGUUGUUAUCACCACCGGAACUGUACCAAUGGAGAACUCCGGGAGCCAUCCAGAGGUGGUGGUACCGCCAGUCGAGGGUUUUGCUGGCGGUGGAACGGCAUAUGGAUGGAGUGAAACUGGUACACGGGAUUCAAAUUUACCUACCGGUUCAAUUGAUCCCCUGAAAGUUCAUUCUUCAGAAUUAGUGCAUGUAUGGUGCAUGCCUAGCUCGGCUAAUGUUGGGCCGCAGGAUAUGCCUCGUACAUUGGAACCUAUAUCUCUUCUAGCAGCGAGAAAUGAGAGGGAAAAUGUCCAGAUAGCUAUACGUCCAAAAGUUUCUUGGGCUGAAUCUAGUAUUGCCGGAACUGUGCAGAUUCAGUGUGCUGAUCUUUGCUCCACUUCUGGUGAUAGAUUGGUAGUUGGUGAGUCAUUGAAGGUGAGGCGCGUGGUGCCUAUUUUAGGUAUUCCAGAUGCUCUUGUACCUCUUGAAGUGCCACUGUCUCAAUUGACCCUUUUUCCUGGGGAAACAUCUGCGAUUUGGGUUUCAAUUGAUGUCCCAAACACACAGCCCCCUGGUCAGUAUGAAGGAGAAUUCAUAAUUACUGCUACCAGAGCUGACACAGAAUUUACAGCACAAUGCCUGGGUAAAGCUGAGAGGAAUCAACUGUACCAAGAAUUAAGGAGUUGUCUUGAUUUUGUGGAGCCCAUUGAUGGAAAAUCAUUGGACGAAGUGCUAGAGAGAAUGAAAUCUGCAUCUUCAUCCUUGAGAAGAGUGCUUCUGUCCCCACCGUUUUCGGACUUAUAUUCAGAUGAUGGAUCAGUAGAUAUGAUGGACGAGGAUGCCAUUUCGAACCUUUCUGUCCGGGUGAAGAUAAGUUUAACUGUCUGGGAUUUUGUUCUUCCAGCUACGCCUUCUCUUCCAGCCGUUAUUGGUAUAUCUGAUACAGUAAUUGAAGACCGUUUUGGUGUUGAGCAUGGAAGUAGCAAGUGGUAUGAGGCAUUGGAUCAGCAUUUCAAGUGGCUGCUUCAAUAUAAAAUUAGCCCAUUCUUUUGCAGGUGGCGUGAAAAUAUGCGAGUUCUGACUUACACAUGUCCAUGGCCAGCUGAUCAUCCAAAAUCAGAUGAGUACUAUUCUGAUCCCAGGCUCGCAGCAUAUGCUGUACCAUAUAGUCCCAUUGUCUCCUGUGGCGAUACAGCGGAGGGAUUUCUGCAAAAAGAAGUUGAGAUAUUAAGAACAAAGAAUCAUUGGAGAAAAGCCUACUUCUAUUUAUGGGAUGAGCCCCUGAACCUUGAACAUUAUCAAGCUAUCCGUAACAUGGCCAGUGAGGUUCAUGCUUACGCACCUGAUGCCCGUAUUAUGACAACUUACUAUUGCGGUCCAAGUGAUGCACCCCUGGCUUCUAACAACUUUGAGGCCUUUCUUAAAGUUCCAGAGUUUCUUCGCCCUCACACCCAAUUAUAUUGCACAAGUGAAUGGGUGAUAGGCAACCGUGAAGAUCUGGCGAAGGAUAUAAUAGCAGAAAUUCAGCCUGAAAAUGGUGAGGAGUGGUGGACGUAUGUAUGCAUGGGACCAUCCGAUCCUCAACCUAAUUGGCACUUGGGCAUGCGAGGCACACAGCACCGUGCGGUGAUGUGGCGUGUAUGGAAAGAAGGUGGGACCGGCUUCCUCUAUUGGGGUGCCAAUUGCUAUGAACGGGCAACAGUUCCUAGUGCUGAGAUUAAGUUUAGGCGUGGACUUCCACCAGGUGAUGGAGUGUUGUAUUACCCUGGACAGGUGUUCUCAUCUUCACACGAACCUGUUGCUUCGUUACGAUUGGAGCGCCUUUUAAGUGGUCUACAGGAUAUCGAAUAUCUCAAGCAUUACUCUUCGAGAUUCGGUAGAGAAGAAGGGCUUAAUCUUUUGGAAAAGACGGGCAUGUAUCUAGGUCCCGAGAGGUACACUCAUGACCACAUGCCGAUCGAUAUUAUGCGGGGCGAAGUUUUCAGGACAUGCCAAUCUCAAAGUAACUUCUAAUUCUAUCUUUUAUUUCUCCAACUUAUAAACCAUUUUUUUUUUCCAGCAUGUUUUUAGUUUUUGAUACACUCUGAAAUCCUGCAUUUACUGCUUCAGUAGAGAUGAUAUAUACAUA